AUGACUAUGAUGAUCCGUUCAAAGCUUUUAACUACACUAGGUGUUCGAAAUACCUGUUGGAAAAACAAUCUUCAGCGUUCUUUUCUCCGUCUUUACAGUGAAGAAGUUCAAGGAAGUCCUAAGAACGGGGUAUACGAGAGAUAUCAAGAAAAGCUAAAGCAAAAGGCUAAACAAGAAGAAACGCCCCUGGAAAAACUUGUUCAGAAUGCACGCAAAAGUUUCGCUCCGAAACAAGCGAUUUCUGAAUCUCAAGAAUUGGCGGAAAAAUCAAAUAAGAAACCACAAGUCAAAAAGGUAAAGAAAUUUCCUGAAUUAAGCGACUUUAUAGACGUUAGCAAGUUUCAAAGUCUUCCAGCAUCGGUGAUUGAAAAGUUAUGGAGAGCUAGGAAUCUUCAAGAGAACAUUUUGAGUGGUUGCGUUGAAAAACAAACAUAUGAAAGGAUGAUUUCUCGUGCAAAGAAAUAUCCAAUUUUUGUACUUCCUCUGCCCAGAGAAAACCAAGGCAUGGAAACUCAUUUGAUUCAAUGGGGAUUCCCUGGAAAUAACACAGCCCAUCUGAUAAUUACUACUUUGUUAGAAUAUAAACUCAAGAAUGCUUAUGCUACGCCACAUACUGUUCUCACUCACUUUUCAGAUUUGCUCGAAUCAAAUGGCGUUGCUCUUAUGCGGUGUCAAUUUGAACAGGACAAAACAUUAAGCUCUUCUGACGUUCAGUUAUUAUUACUUGCUAUUCAGAAGUUUUAUAACGCUUCACCAGAUAGCGCUUUGGGCAAAGAACGACUUUCUUUGCUUGAAAAUUUCGCAAAUGGAAAAGACUUUGAUCUUUACAAAGUAGCUGGACAUAUGGACAUGCUUGAAUAA